AUGAGCAUUGAGGGAAGUGCAGAAAUGCAAGUACAGGACGGAGAGAACUCAGAACUAUCUAUGGAGAAUCUGUGGCCGAAGAGCUACGGGGCACAUUUACAUGUAGAGACUAGAGCAUCCUGUAUGGCUUAUCGCCAAGAAACCAAAGGUAUUCUUUUCUUUCUUCUUGCUCGACACCAUAGUGAAGUGAAAGACUGCCCGCUCAUCUUAUUCAUCUUGGGACUGACUCGACAUACAUACAACCAACGUACAGUCAAAGAUCUAAACAUAGGAAUUACCAUACAUAUUGUCCUUCUUUAUCAAAUCUGCUCACCUGUAUAAACGGAUUCUCACGACAUCUUCACCAUAUUCGAUCUCGACAACUAGACUUUCCAUUCAUUCAUUUCGCAGACACUACCAAAAAAGGAACAUUUGGCAGCCAUAAAACGUUCUUUUGGAAUUCCUCAUCGAUCUCUAUAAUUAAUAGCCUUUAUCCACACAAAACCAGCAAUCGAUUUAUUCCUCGCUUCUCUUCUCCUUCAUCUCGUCUGACGGCCAAAUCCUCCCGCGAUAUCAAUCUCACUCAAUCACUCACAUCCCGCAAUCCACAGCAAUCAUGGUGAAAUUUAUCGACAUGAUCAAUCAAAAAUUGGAGCUCUACAGACUUGAAAAGCGAUAUAUCAAUAGUCGAAACCGUCGCAGCACAUUUGUUUCCGAUGCAGUAUACGUAGAUGGCGAAUAUUACUCUGCAAGCAAUACAUAUUCUGCAAAUUGCACAGCAGGCGAUGGAGACAGUGGGAGUAAUUCAUCCUCGACGAAGGAAAAUAAGCUUAUCAAAGAUACGACUGGAAAGACAAUGGCGUCGGCAAGAUCAAAGAGAUCGAGUUUGAUGGAUUGGAGGCGGGGAAGUGUAAGGGGGAAAAACAGUGAGAGGGAAGGGACGAAGGUUAGUGUGAGGGAGUUGAAUUGGGAUGGAAGCGUGAGAUCAUAAUUUGUAACGAUCGUGGGUGAAGACGUGGUUCGAUUCUUUCAAGUGGACGCAUUACUCGAGUAUUUGCACACUGUUGCGAUGCUUUUCAGCGGCACAUUUUUUUCUUGUUUAUGGAUUUUAUGAUUGUGAUUACAGUAGGGAACACCUGGAUAUUACCCCUUUUUAUUUUUAGAGUUGGACAUCUGCUGCUCUGCGGCUGGAGGUUGGAGUUUUUACUAUCUUCUUUGCCCAUAUCAUAUUUUGCUGGUGCCAUGCCAAGGCCAGGUCUAGAGUGGGAUAGUUUGGAUCAUUAGCCGUGAGGCGGAAGUCAGGCUUGCAUUUUAUAUUUACAUACAACAUAAUACUCUUAGAUGGAGGGUAGGCUAGAGUAGUCAUACUCAGUAUAUAGCUAAAAAGUCAAAUUAUCUACAACCCGCGAAG